AUGGACAAUUUUGAAAAUAUUUAUCAUCAGAUUCAAAUUAUAUUUCAAAAAAUAUUAGUCUACCUUCGAGAUUUGAUUAUUCACGAAUUUCCAAAUUUAAUUUCGUCGAAUGAAUCGAAUGGAACGAUGGAUGAAAUAAAAGAACUAAAAAAUCGAUUGACAUCUUCAAUUCAACAUAAUUUUGUUGAUUUAGCAACUAUUUUUAUUCUCACCUCAUUCACAGUGGUCCUCAUUAUUCUUUCAGUAAAAGGCAAUAAAGAUGACAGCGACGAUUAUUUUAUUGAUAAAUCGUCGAAGAAUAGAUUUAUUAUGGAUUUACCAGAAGAUUUAAUUUACGAUUUCCCCAAAAAUUGGAAUCCAGAAACAAUCAAUUAUUACAGGGAUCGUGGAGAUGAAUAUUUUUCCGAAGGAAAUGAAAGUCCAAAAAAAGAGAAUCGUUGCAAAAAAAAGUAUAAAUCGAGAAAAAAUGCGAAUAAUUCACCGUCAAUUUAUGGCGAUUAUACCAAUAACAAUUCGGAAUAUACACAAAGAACUGAAAUUAUGAAAAAUAAAUUGAAUCGACAACUUUGGCUAAUUCGAAAAACACGAAGUGGUCAAAUCUAUGGAAAAUAUCCAAUUUAA